ACACACUCACUCUCUCACACGCACGCACACCGCACGCAUACGCGGCCGCUAAACCCCACGCGCACACGUAUUCCCACACGGAGCCGCCGCACGUUGGAGCGAGCGGUCCGCGCGCUCCUUUGAUUCCGCAGUCUGCGGCGAGCUUCGUCGUGACAGAGUUUGGAGACGGCUGAAGGAGCAGCGAAGGGGAGGCAGGGAGGGAGGAAGGGAGAGACAGAGAGAGAGAGAAAGGUGGUGUCCUCCCAUCAGAAACAUUCACGCCCUCUAACACAUGGCUGACAGCGGGGGACGGAAGGGGCGAGAGUGAACACGGGGCCGAGGGAGACACAGAAAAGCGCACAGGAAGAAAGGAGCAGUGGGCCAUCUGUGGUCGGUUCCAUGCUAUUCUGCAGCUGUGUUGGACUCGACGAGCCUCUCUGAUCCCCCGUCAGGACUUGGGAAACCACGGAGUGGGAUACGGUUGUUCUCCCCCCCAUCUCCUUGCUCAGGGGGUGAGCCUCGGCUGGGGCGAUGCUGAGGCCUCGCUGGCCUUGGAUGCGGCCCUGGGGCUGCUUCUCCUCAGGGGCGGGUGAUACCCCAGCUGGAUCUUCCGCUUUCGCCAUCCUCAACAGCUGUCAUUAGCAGCUAACGAGCUGCUGCUAGAGAGGAAACGCGGAGAGGAGGGACCGUACAGCUGUUAAUAAAAGACUCAGACCUCUCAGACAAGGAAUUUGAAAACCUCUAAAGCUCUUUCGGAUGCCAGCAUGAAAGGAUUUUUGUUUUAAGGCAUCUCUUUUCUGGCGUUGAUCAAUUUUUUAUUACAGUAUUGACAUACCUCUGACAUUGGUCACUAUGCAGUUAAAGCUAACCAAUUGACUAUAUGUUUUUUCCUGAGUUUUUGACAUUUAAUCCAUCCAGUUUUUGUUCAAGCUAUAUGCUUUUUGUUUUAAGCUUUUAUGUCAUUUUAACCUUCCUAUGCCCUAAAGGCCAUUGAUCACCAUGGCUGCAGCCUAUCGUGUAGUGGUGAGCAGUGUCAGCUGCUACAAUAGUGUGGUGGUUGACCGGCGCACUCACUCCCAUGCAGUGCACUACUGCCCGGGGCCAUGUGGGGCGCUGUCCCAGGGCCUGGACUGUACCGUCGCACACCGCGGCACUUGUUCUGAGGUGCUUGCUGCACCUGACACCGUGUACACGGACGCCAACAGCUCACUCAUACACUCCCAUAACUUGAUCACUCAACACCUCCACAACCAUGGUAAAGUGACUGUUACCUUGGACAGAUCCUAUAACGGUGGUUUAGAGAGGGCAGACAGCAGUGGCAGUUUGUCUUUAGGGGAGGAUAGCCCCACAUGGCGUGGUAAAAAAGCCUCCAUUGCCGGAGGCUCGACCGGGAACCUUAGCUCCUCUGGCAGUCUGAAGGACAUUACCGAAGAAGCCAUCAAUCUCGCCAGCGGUAAGCUCAAGGAGUUUUCGUUUGACAAGCUCCGCCUCUCUUCCUCCAGCCACGUCACCUUACGGAAAGGUCGUAAGGUCCGUCCCGACUCUCUCAGCCGUCGCUCCACCGACCUGGAGAUCAUCUACGGCCACUUCAGCUCCAACGUCACCGCAAACGGAACCGCCAACGGCAUGACAAACGGCACGGGUCCGUCUAAUGAUGAGAACCUCCCACCAUUUGUGCCUGGGAAGGUGGCGAGCCUGGAGGAGACGAAGCUAAAGGGCAGCACAGCCACACUGUCGGCCAUCACCAAAUUGAGUGCUGGAUCCACAGGCAGCCAGUUGAGUAUCGGGUCUUUAGACCAAAGUCUGACCACAAUGGCCUCCCUGUACCGCAACACUUUGGGAGAUGAGAACCUGAUUGCGCGUCUGCUGGAGAAGACGCGGGCGGAGGCGGGAACUGGGGGAGCGGGCGGGGAGGACAUCCGUGCCUGCCUCGACAUCCUGCUUAAAUGUUCUGAAGACUUAAAGAAAUGCACCGACAUUAUCAAGCAGUGCAUCAGACACAAGGCCGGCGGGGGGCCCGAAGACGGCGGAGCCAGUCCCGACAGUGUGUAUCGGGCCGUGAUGACCCGACUCAGCUCCUAUUUGAAGAGACUGCCUCUGGAGCUCGAGGGCGUCGGCAGCUUGGGAGGAGUUGGGCAAGGGGGUCCGGUUGCGCCCGGGAGCGGGCACAGCGAUCUGGCUGAGCUGGUCAGCACUCUUCACUCCAUCCAGCAGGGCGUUUACUCUCCAAUAUUUGGCAACGAGCAACCGCCUCGCUAUGAGGAUGUGGUGACGUCACCUCCCCUCCCAAAGACCCCUCCUCAUUCGGUAUCGUCUGCCCUCUCUUCUGUUUCUUCCUUGUCUUCUUUGAAAUCAGACUCCAUCCAUACAAAACCAGUCCAAAGUCCCCCGUCCCGAGCGACUCCGCACACAAAUGGACUACAAAAUCAGCAUCUUUCUUCGGUCACACAACAAACGCUCUCUCCCCCGUCCGUCACAUGCUCUCCAGGCGGCUUCCCGCCAACACACUCUCCGUCCCGUUGUCGUACCUCCCCCACCCCACUGUACACACACACUCCUCCAGCAUCCCCCAUGGAGGCUCUUCAUAUUGAGGAGGAGGAGGAGGCGGAUGUGGGAAAGACCCCGGAACAAAUCUCACAACAGGCACACACUCAAACUAGAGUGAUGGGUGCUACCCAGAACAAAAAUGGGAUUACGUUUGGUGAACACACGCACUUGUCUCAUGCGCACAGUCUCCGUAACUCUUCAAAUGCUUUGCCGGGCAGCACCGACUACAGCCCCACUUGGCCUUCUUCUGCCUCACUCACAGUCCCAGCACCCAAAGCUGUCUCACACCGGAAUGAUGACAUUGACAAGCUGCUGAUGGACUUAGAGAGUCUGUCUCAGAGCAUGAGCCACCCCAGGAACACUGAGCCUCCGCUUCCAGCCAAAACCAGGAAGAGAGAAGCAGGCCAGGGAAUCACUUCCGGCGAGGCCCUAUGUCAGCCUAAAUUGUCCCAGUUCCAAGUCCAGAAACCUGCCAACCACAUAGCCAUGAAUGGCCCCACCACCAGGUCUCCCCAGAGUCCCACUCCUCCCCGGGGAGAGAAAAGUGAAGCUGUGUUAGGAGAGGAAGAGGAUGGGGCACUGCUGCUGAGGAUCCUCGAGAGCAUAGAGAGUUUCGCCCAGGAGCUGGUGGAUACUGGGGCGGGGAGCACAGGGAGUGCUGAGAGGAACAGUGGGAAAGAGCGGGAAGUGAUGAGGCUCCUGCAGGAUACCAUGGCCACCGCAUGCAGGGCUGAUACACCUGUGGAAAGCACAAGCCCACCAGCUGUUCCCAUUGGUCCCUCCGUACACACACAUGCGCCUACACAAAUCCCAGCUAUACCCCCAAAACACUUCCUCGCAAACACACCUGCAGUUUCACCUGCACCGACACCUACAUAUAUAAAUGCGUGCGAUGCUACAUCCCAUGCUUUGCCCGAACCAAAACCGGAAGCUUCCCCCAAGCUAAUGCCCACAGCCAUACUUGAGCCUACAACUGAGGCUGCAGAUUCUGUUGCUGAAGCCUCUACAGGUGAGACUGACACAUCCCUCCCCGCCCUUGUAAUGGCCGCACCUGCAAGCUCGCAUUCCUCCACACAUCAAGCUGAACCUACACCUGUAGCUGCACCCGAAGCUCCGGCCCCCAUUGAAAUCCCAGUCGUGGUAGUCUCAACAGAUGCUGUCGUUGCCUUGGACGACGCCGUUGCCGUGAGGGACACUGGUUCGACCCUCCUCAUCCAGCAGACUCCAGAGGUCAUCCGAGUGCAGUCCAAACCGGAGAGGACACCGGGCACACCUCCACCUGCCCCAACCCUGCCCACGCCCUCGCCCACGCCCACACCCACCUCCACCCCAACACCGCGCUCACCUAGCCCUCCUCCGGCUCCGGUGGUAGUCACCCCUCCGCCCCCUGCCAUCAACAUUCCCAGGUUCUACUACCCCCGCGGGCUGCCCGCCGUGGGCCCGCCUACCAACCACGACGCAGCCAUUGCUGCCAUCGAGGCGGCCUUUGCGGAAUUUGAGGAGGAGAAGGCCGACAUAUAUGAAAUGGGCAAGAUCGCAAAGGCAUGCGGGUGUCCACUUUACUGGAAGGCUCCCAUGUUCUCCUCAGCGGGUGGUGAGAGAACAGGCUUUGUAUCUGUUCACUCCUUCAUUGCAACCUGGAGGAAGUUGUUACACAGUUGCCACGAUGAUGCGUCAAGGUUUAUCUCCCUGCUAGCCAAACCCAGCUGUAACUACCUGGAGCAGGAGGACUUGAUCCCUUUACUGCAGGACAUAGUGGAUACGCAUCCCGGUCUCACAUUUCUGAAGGAUGCACCUGAAUUCCAUUCACGCUACAUAACAACGGUCAUCCAGCGGAUAUUCUAUGUGGUGAACCGUUCGUGGACGGGUCGUAUGACCAUGAUGGAGCUGCGCCGGAGCAACUUCUUACAGACCUUGGCUCUGCUGGAGGAGGAGGACGACAUCAACCAGAUCACUGACUACUUCUCUUACGAACACUUCUACGUCAUCUACUGCAAGUUCUGGGAGCUUGAUACGGACCAUGACCUCUACAUUGACCCGAAAGACUUGGGAAGAUACAAUGACCAUGCCUCCUCAAACAGAAUCAUUGGAAGAUUGUUUUCAGGGGCCGUUACUCGGGGUAACGCCGUGCAGAGGGAAGGCCGGAUGAGCUACGCUGAGUUUGUCUGGUUCCUCAUGUCUGAAGAAGACAAGAAAAAUCCCACCAGCAUAGAGUACUGGUUCCGCUGCAUGGAUGUGGAUGGCGAUGGUGUCCUGUCCAUGUUUGAGUUGGAGUAUUUCUAUGAAGAGCAGUGUGAGAGGAUGGAAAGGAUGGGCAUCGAACCUCUGCCCUUCCAGGAUCUGCUCUGUCAGAUGCUUGACCUGGUCAAACCUGAGAGUUCAGGUAAGAUAACCCUUGGUGAUUUGAAGCACUGUCGGAUGGCCCACAUAUUCUUUGACACCUUCUUCAAUCUGGAGAAAUACCUGGACCACGAACAAAGGGACCCAUUUGCUGUGCAAAAGGACAUUGAUAGUGAAGGUCCAGAGCCUUCUGAUUGGGAUAAAUAUGCUUCAGAGGAGUAUGAGAUUCUGGUUGCUGAGGAGACUGCAAAUGAACAGCUACAUGAUGGGUCCUUUGAUGAUGACUAUGAAUCUGAGGAGCUUCAAGUUCCAGGAGACAUGGGGAAUAAAGUGGAAAAACUGGUCAUAUCAGACCUGUCAGCAUAGAACUAUUCCUUUGGAUUUCCUUUUUUUCCCGGGAAAACAGACCGGAAUGCCGCAAUGGAAGUUCCCCGCGGACGGGAGCAUCACAGAAAACAUGGACUUAAAGACACAAACCACUCUUGAUAACUCUGGAGUUCCCUCAUCACAGACUUUUUUUUGGUGUGUCCGUGAGACUGCGGCCCAUUACAGUUCUGUGUCUGGUGCAACAGUGCAUCUGAGCAUCCACAGAGAACAAUUUCACUGCCUCCAGCUCUUUGCACCGCCCGAGAGAAGCAAACUGUAGCAGAGCGCGGAUGGGGGGGGGGGGGGUGUACGAUAAGCUCUUAAAGGCUUUAAGACUCAACAUUUUACUGUAAAAUAAUGUAAUUGUGAUUUUUGACUACAGACAAUCCUGCCAGCAGACAAUCAUCUGAAGGUAAACAGACCGGUUCCACAAACAGACAAAGUCAUCGUGAUAGGCACUGAAGACCCACAGUCACAAUGACACAAACAGACAAACACUGCCACCAGACACCUGCUGCCCGGGCAGCUUGUCACUGGGUUCCUUGCGGAGGAAGACGUUAAACCUCCUUUCAGGGAGGACUUGUGUAACAGUUGGGGUGGUCCUGGCGUCGCCUCUCUGUGGCCAGUCAGUGCUACUGCAGACUGUUGCUGUCACGCACGUUGCUUGAUGGCUGGCCAACUCUUUUUUUUUCAAAGAGGGAGUUCGGUUCACUGCACAGCCCAAGCUGCGCUAUUAUUAGUGCGUCAUUAUCAUUGCUCCACCCCUGUGCUAUCUUUUGAAAUCAUUUUUUAAACCUGUACAAAGUCGCUUUCAACAAGUACUGGAAGGUACCACUUUGUUGUGUCAUUUCUAAUGUUACGGUGAGACAUAUGCAACAGGAAAUGAUGCAUGUAGACAAACAUAUCAGCUCUCUGGUAGAGUUGCCCAAACAUUUCUGCUAGUAAAGUCUGUCGCGCAAUAGAUAACCAUAAAGUGCAGUUGUCCAGCACAACGUGUACGGCAACUGGUAAUUACUUUGAUAUGUUUUAAAAAUGUAUGCCAAAAAUACUGCUUCUACAUCUCAUUGUCUUACAAUCUUCUUAUGGAACAUCUACUCUCCCCAUAACACACACACACACACACACACACACAUAAACACAGUACCAGACACACCACUAAAGAUGGCGCUUAAGGACCCUUGGUCUUUUGACAUCUAAUUUUGUCUUUACUUUAUGCAAUAACUAACUUUCUUUCACCUUUAAUUAAAACAUAGGCAUCUCAGCGACGGAUUUGUUAGAACAUGUUCAAAUAAAGUACAAACUGAUUGCAAAGACAGACACACUUAGAGAGAUUUGGCCUUUUAAUUUGAAUGAACUGACCCUUUCACUCCAUUUCACACUGAGGUGCACUCACGGUGACAGGUGCAUGUGUGCACACUGCCCUUACUGUAGUAGCUAGGAGCAUGUGUUUGCUUAGAAAUAACUGACAGAGUGUGUUUUAGGAGCGUGUGAUGUGUAAGCUCUCAGUUUCGGGCUGUUCAUCCUGUACGUCAUAGUUGUUGCCAUGGGGAUGGUUUACCGGGGUCAGCAUGUGUGUAUGUGUGUGCUUGUAUAACUCUUUGAUUAGGAAUGGGGCCGCUUUGUCCUUUUUGGCUUCAAAUUCAUGGUCAUAUACCUCCUUUACCUGGCACUUACUGUACAUACGCAUACACUGAUACACACACAAACACACACCACAGUUGCUAUUGAAAGGGAGACGGAGCUUGAGGCGGCUGUAGGUUUCCUCCCUCUGCUCUAUAGCCAUUGUAAAUGUGCCCCACUGUGUAUACACCUAUAUCAUUAUAAUAAUACUGAUAAGCUGUUAUAAAUAUAACAGCUCCAAUUUUGUAUGUAUUUUGAUGGUUUGUAUUGCUGUGCCACUGUGUGGCUUGGGUUAAGAGGGUAAGUAUGUUAGAUGUGUAUAUGUUUGUGUGUGUGAGGGGGAAUCCUUUAAAGGACUGCCUUGACAAUCACAAAAAUGAGGAGAAGCAGCUCAAAUGGAGACCCUCUGAGACUGUUGUUUCCCUGCUGUGGUCACACACACACACACACACACACACACACUGGCACACUCAUCCAAACAGUGUUUAAGAAGAACUGUUGAAGGCCAGGGGGCAUUUCUGAUAAUGCCCUGGUACUCGCACAUGCAGCAUCAGGCAGGAGAAAGCCAUGCAGGACUUUUUAUUUUGAAAUGACAGUCCUACUUUGAGAGGUAGUCAGCAGACUUUUAUUUUGAUGUACUUCCUCUGUGCAGUGGAGACUUGUUUAGGCUGAGAUGUGUUCAGACAGUUGUUGUGUUGGCAUGGUUUUCUUCCUGUCGGUCAUUUUACUUUCUUCUCUCCCUUCAAUUUCACUCUUUUCUUUCUCUAUGAUUUUUCUCUUUUCUUUUCUCCAUCAAUUGCGUUCUUUUCUUUUAUAAGCCUGCCCCUGUUAGUGGUUGCUUUUGUCUGAUGCUUAAAAGUGAAAUAAAAAUGUUUCAAGAAUA